AUGGCAAUUACCAAGCAGCGUAAGAUUGCGAUUGUUGGGAGUCGCUCGGUCGGCAAAUCUUCGCUGGCAGUCCGGUUUGUAGACGGGCAUUUCGUCGAGAGCUACUAUCCGACGAUCGAGAACACCUUUAGCAAAGAGAUCACGUACAAGAACCAGAUAUAUUCGACCGAGAUUGUGGACACGGCAGGGCAGGAUGAAUACAGUAUUCUUAACUCGAAGCAUUUCGUCGGGAUCCACGGCUACAUAAUCGUAUACUCGGUCGGGUCGCUGACCUCAUUUGAGAUGGUGCGGACGAUCCGUGACAAGAUCAUCCACCAUUUGGGAGUGGCCGAGGGUGACGUUCCCAUCGUCAUAGUGGGCAACAAGAGCGAUCUUCGCCCGGAGCAAAGGCAAGUCACGCCGCAGGAUGGACAGGCGCUCGCAAACGAGCUCAAGUGCGGAUAUACAGAAGCGAGCGCCCGAUACGACGAGAACGUAGCCCAGGCCUUCGAGCUCAUGAUUGCGCGAAUCGAGGGCGCCCCCAACGGCGGGGAGGCUACUAAUGGGGGGAAGUGCGCCGUCAUGUGA